UACUUCCGGUUAUUAUAUUUCUGUCGGCGAGUAGUCAGACCAUUACAAUCAGUAAAAACUCACAGUAUACGUUAUUAUCAGUGUUAAGAGUGAAAUUGUGAUCGAUUUUCCUCUGUGUUACUGAACUAGCUUAGAAAAAGAAGACAUUGUGCGAAACGGAAAGCAGGUGUUACUCGUGUAUGUAACACAUUUAUUUGAUCAUAAUUGUAGCUGCUAAUCGAUGGCUGGAACAGUAAGUUUCGAACUGGACCCCAUGUUUCUGAAAGGACUGGGGUAUCUUCACUCCAAGAGCAAAGACUCUGCAGAGAAACUCAAGGCCCUGUUGGAUGAGUCUUUAUCCAGGACAUCACUGAAGGAACCUGAAAUUAACAAAGUGUCAUUACCAAAAAUGACCAAACAAGACUCCAAGUCCACCUCCAGUUCAUCAUCAUCAUCAUCAUCAUCAUCCAGCAGCAGCAGCAGCAAUAAACCAAAUAUCUCAGAGAAGACCAAGAAAGAGGGUGAAAAAAGAUCCUUGGAAAAGGUUAGGGUUGAGUCUGGGGAUGGAGUGGAGCCACCUAAAAAACCUCGUGUUGAUAAGCAGGACAGCCAUCCAUCUCCAGUUGCUUUUCAAACCAAGGAUAUUCCCAUGCCAGACUUCACGGACAACGAUGAAACCAACGCUGAUGACUUUGCCAUGGAAAUGGGCCUUGCUUGUGUGGUUUGUCGACAAAUGACUGUGACGUCCGGCAAUCAACUAGUGGAGUGUCAAGAAUGUCAUAAUCUGUAUCAUCAAGAGUGUCACAAACCUCAGGUUACUGACAAGGAUGUCAACGACCCGCGACUGGUGUGGUACUGUGCUCGAUGCACCAGGCAAAUGAAGCGAAUGGCCCAGAAGACCCAGAAACCUCCACAGAAACCAGCUCCUCCUUUAGCAGCAGCAGCAGCAGCACCUACGAUGAAAGAUCCGCUAGUAAAGAAGGCUGAGCUUAAACCCAAACCUGAAACGACAGGUUCAUUCCAAGCCUUCAAGAGAACAGAGUUGAAGACGUCUGCAGCAUCCGUAAACUCCUCCAGCACUAGCUCGUCAUUGCCCCCAGGCAGUGGCCUUACAGGAUGGGCCGCAUUUACCAAGACCUCAAAUGUAGGACCUUCCACUACCAAGUUAAGCACCAGUCAGCCAGGUGGUAGUAAAUCUACCCCACCUCCUUCAGGCUCCAAACCUGUGGGACUCUCUGCACUGGCUAGUGUUAAACCAAGUUUGGCCACCAAACCAUCAGGAGGCAGCAGUGGCGGAAAUGGAAAUGGAAACAACGGCUCCGGCAUGGUGCCCACGAAACCACCCCCUCAACUCGCACAUGGCAAGCAGGUGUUAAGCCGCUCAACAAGUGGAGACAGCCUGGGGAAAAUGACUGUGACUGGAUCUUUAUCACCAGGGGCAACACCCGCCAGCAGCCUAGGAGGCAACGGUGGGUCAGGAAGCAAUGGAGGGGGCAAUGGGGGCAACAGUGGUAGCAGUAGUAGCAACAAUAAUAACAAUGGGGCAAAAGCCUCAGCUGAUGGCAAGAUACCCACUUCCCAGGAGUCUCAGCUCAAUGCAAUGAAACGCCUGCAGAUGGUGAAGAAAAAAGCAGCACAGAAGAAACUGAAGAAAUGAAACCAGGCUGUUGUGUUAAAAAGCAACUCAAAUCCUGUAUUUCAAAUCAU